CGCAAACAGACCAACCACCUUCGUUCUCGGUCUAUCCCACCGGUAGCAAUCCUCGCCAUCUGGGACAACAUCGUUGUUUUCUGACCGAGGUCUGCAGGGUAAAAAAGGCCGUGACCUGGUUUUGGUAGGGGUGGUACGAAAACCAUGUUCAUAUUUCCAUAUGCGUUCCAAUGGGAGACUUCUGUUGUAUUGCUCACAGAAAGGUUCUUAUGAGCUUGAAAUGACAGGCCAAUGGAGCAUGCUUGACAGCUGUGUUUCGUGGAGCUGCCCGUGUACAUGGAGCUACCCCAGUCUUCCCCCGCAUGGGACGAUUGUCCAGGUUUACUGAUUGAUGAUCGAUUAUUGCCUGGACCUGCAUUCCAUGGAAGUGCAUAUAAGGUGUCCAUCAUUUCCCAGUUGAAAUUUUUUCUAAUAUUCCCAAUUCCUUGGAGAACUGCCUGUACUGCAAGUUUAUAUUGUGUCAGUCGCAAACAUGGUUCUCAAGCCAAAGGUCUAUCAGUUUCUGGUGGGUGUCUUUGCAUCUAUGGGAUCUAUCCUCUUUGGAUACGAUCUUGGUGUUAUUGCUUCGGUCAUCGCAGCCUCAAACUUCAAGGAAUACUUCAACAACCCAUCCACCACCCAAACUGGAAUUGUAGUUUCCUUCUUCACGGGCGGAGCUUUUUGCGGUGCUGGACUCGCUGGUCCCAGUGGAGAUAGACUUGGUCGCAGAUGGACAAUCACAAUCGGAUCUAUUAUCUACCUUCUGGGUGGAGCUCUUCAGACUGGAGCAACUACUUUCCACAUGAUGUGGGCUGGAAGAUGGCUAGCAGGCGUAGGAGUUGGUUUCCUUGUCAUGAUUAUCCCCUUAUACCAAUCUGAGAUUGCUCAUCCUUCCAUCCGUGGCACAAUCACGAGUUUACAACAGUUCAUGUUGGGCCUUGGAGCUUUCAUCGCUGGCUGGAUCUCAUAUGGAACAUUCGUUGGCCUCUCGAACCAAGCUCAAUGGCGUCUGCCACUUGCAAUCCAGAUGAUCCCAGCUAUCGUUCUCGGAGCGUUGAUCUUCUUGUUCCCAGAGUCUCCACGUUGGCUCAUCGACCAUGGCCGACCUGACGAAGGUCUCAAGACGCUGGCUCGCCUGCACUCGAACGGAAACGAAUCAGAUCCCUGGGUGCGCGCCGAAUUUGAUCAGAUCCAGGACAGCAUUACACACGAGCACGAGCACGAAGCCAAGUCAUACAUGGAACUCCUCACCAACCGGUCUUCUUUCAGACGUCUCCUUAUCGCCUGUGCUCUACAAGCGUCAAUCCAAAUGACGGGUGUCUCAGCUAUUCAGUACUACAGUGUUGAUAUCUAUGGCUCUAUUGGAAUCAGCGGUUCGAAUGCUUUGAAAUACCAAGCGAUCAAUAAUAUCAUUGCGUUGGUUGGAGAGGCAUGUUGUAUUUUGUUUGUUGACAAACUUGGUCGUCGAAGACCAUUAAUUGGCGGUAAUCUUCUGAACAUGGUUUGUUUCCUCAUUGCCUGUAUCUUGAUCGCCAAAUUCCCAGCCGGAUCAAGCAACAACAAGUCCGCCUCGUGGGGAUUCAUCAUGAUGACCUGGCUCUACAACUUCUCCUUCUCCGCUACCUGUGGUCCCCUCUCAUGGGUCAUUCCCGCCGAAAUCUUCGACACCCGCACCCGCUCAAAGGGGGUGUCCAUCGCCACCAUGGUGUCCUUCGCCUUCAAUACACUCAUCGGACAAGUUACCGGCACAGCGAUGGAGAACAUCGGAUACCGGUACUACUACGUAUUCAUCAUCUGCAACUUCACAAACGCGCUGUUCUUCUACCUAUUCCUGCCAGAGACGAAGAACUUGCCACUUGAGGAGAUGAAUUACUUGUUCACGAAUGCGCCGUUUUUGGUUGCAUUCCAUGACAAGAAGCUCUAUCAAGCGAACUAUGCGGGCGAUUUGGAGAGGCGGGCGUUGGAGAUUCAGGAGAAGAAUGCGAUUACUGGGCACCAUGAGGAGCAUAUUGAUGAGAAGUAGAUUGUACGGAUGACUGUAAGAGAGGAUAUUACGAGUGGUUAAGUCGUAGCUUCGCAUUAGCCGAAAUGAAAUGUUGAUGCCAACACUUCAGCCGUCCUUCGUUCUCCAAG